GAUCUGCGCUGGUCAUAUACGCCUCAGCCUGUUACCGAACAGAAUGAAAAACUGCCUGAUCCGAGAAUGGCUAAUUCGGGUUGUCUUGUACGUGACAAUGUGGACCUUGUCAGGUGCAAUGGCCGUCGAAUCCUGGCAAUUGAAAAUUACCCUGAGAGAUCAUCCAUUAGCUGGGACGGGUCUUUAUGUGAAGGUCAAACUUCACGGGAGUCUCGGCGAUAGUGAUUACCUCAACAUGGGAAGUGUACCCAACCCUUCCCCAAAUGAUGUACCACCAGUGAUAUUUGAAAAGAUCUUGAAUUCGUCAAUACAAGUUGGUCGGCUGAACGCCUUAGGCAUGGGCAUGAUCGACGAUUCGGAUCCAAUUUUGGUAAUGAAGGUCGAAGUGUCCAACAACGACACGACCUAUGUCUUUGAACGUAAUUUUGGAUUUAAAAUCAGCUCUAGUACCAAUUACAACCUCAAAACAUGGAAGACUUCAUGGGAUGAUUGCCGCGAGGCGAAGUACUGUAAAAUGAAAGACAAUAAUUUAGGAACCCUCAUUUCAUCAUCGGGGAAAAGAAACAAGUUUGAUUGUGGGUCAGCAUGCUCCCUGGAGGAAAACUGCCAUGCCUACCGUAUGCACGCAAAUAUGUGCGAGUUGUACAGUGAUGUUCAACCGAAAUCUCCUGGCCCGUACCUUAGAGUAACCAGACAGGUUACUCUAAGCGCGUACGAAUAUCACAAAUUGACAUUUCUGAGGCGAUACGACGGAUGCGUGGGGCGCUGAAGGAUGAUGCCUGUCCUCGUUCUAACCGCUAUUACAUAUGGACAACAUUAUUUUUUCAGAUGCAAUGUCGGUCUCAAUUGAGUUGUUCUACUAUUCAUGUAGUAAGCGUCUUGACCCCAUGGAGAAAGCAUGAAGGCCUUCACGAAGGUCGAAAUAAUGUGACGGGAUGUUUACACCUAUUAAUGCCUUGUUGCGUAGUUGCUUAGAUGCAUCUGUCCGUAGGUUAAACUAAAAAAUCAUGGACCAUUAAACAGCGGAUGCAAGAUUUAAUUGCGACUCGCCAGGGAAGCAUUGUUGUUGUCGUUAGUUCUACUUUUUGACUGCAUUCCAAGUCUUCCGUGAUGGGAUAUGCCCUCUCCCUCUUACGCAGAAGGAAUCUGGAACGCCAAAGAUGCCGAUUCACAGCAUUUUAGUCGAAAAUGUACAUGGACACGGUGCUCUGACCUGGUGCACAAUGCACAUAGGCGCAGUGUUCUGACCUGUUUUUGCCCUUAUCAGUGUGCCAAUUAUAACGAGUGUUGUGAAGCGAUUUGGUGUAACAGUAAUCACUGCCAACUAAAAAGUUUCUGCCUCAUUGUUCGAUGGCGGAGGAAUAAAGCGCCUGCUUUAACCAGUUUUAAAUUAAACGCUUUCAGUGGAAUAUCCUGUCCCGCUGAGAUGCUCUAUAGGGGUGAUACUUACACCCCGGGAAAUAUUUUAUCACGACAUUAAAAUCUGAAAGCAAUGACAUUCAGAACUAAUGACAAAUCAAUCGAUUUGCCAAGACUGACCAAGUCAGACCAGCGAAUGAGCCGAGUUGGCAGAAGACUAAUGCAGGCCAUCGACCAAGCAACUGCCUUCAACUGCACAGUAUAAACUGUAGCUUUCUGACUUUUGUAGCACCACUAAGUUUUAUUUCGGCCACAGCAAAUAGGCUCCAUGCUCAUGUGUUGGCCGAAACACUCUUUAAGGUUUUUCAGCAGCUCAAUUAAAGCCUGAGAGUGGUGAACAGCAAAUAGUGCAUCUUGACCCUCUGUGACUUUGGUAGACAUACGCCACUACCCGAGCAUGGAAAAGUGGUGCAUUCAAGUGUUGGCUAUUCUGGUUAUCGGGUGCAUGACGAUAAGGAGGCUAUCAGCUCUAACUCCACAAACCUGGAGCUUGACGAUUACCUUCAUGAGUAUGUCAGAUGCUGGGACUAGUCUUCCUGUCAAUGUUACCCUAACUGGGUCUUACGGCAUCUGUGGACCCUUGUCUAUCGGGAGUUUGGACAUACCCGACAUCGCCUUCCCUAACUUAAUAGUCAUUGAAAAGAUUAUUAACUGUAACGCCCGUGAAAUUGGCCGACUGAAUGUUUUAGAGUUUGCAAAGGUUGACAAAUCGGAUCCAAUAAUUUUAAAGAAGGUUGAAUUGGCCAAUAGCGUCACAACAUUCGUUCUACUUGAUUGGUUGAAUACCGCAUAUGGAUCGAGCUUUCAUCAAUAUAAAAAAAUGAUGACACACUCCCGCAUCAGUUGCGUGGAAGGGGUGUUCUCCACUAUGUACGACAAGAAUGUAGGAGGGCUGCUUUCCACUGUGCAGCGGUUAAACAGGUUCGAAUGCGGGGCUAGGUGCGUUCGGAUUGCCCACUGCCAUGCCUAUAUUCUGAAGGGAAAUGUGUGCUUGUUGUAUUAUUACGACAAAUCGCCUGAUCCCCCCGUGCCGUACGAACAUUAUUACAAAUUGAAACGUCUGCGGCUAUACGCAGAAGGAUGCAAAAUUUAGUCAACGUCGGCGCAAGAUAUUUGUAAUUUGACGCUGAUAAGAAUAGUGAUUGUAAAACAUAAUGCUCUAAGAUGAUUCAGUUUUCGACUUUCAUCAUUUGAUUUCUUGUCAGAUAGCUCUGUGAUCGAAAAAAACACACGUAUUUUCAUGGCCAAUGUCACCGAACAAUUAUCCGCCGCGUAUGAACUUUGGUAUCAGGGUCAGCAACAAUAUCAAUAAUUCCCGUGUCACUAGACUAUAGUUCUUUUUGAAACAAGUAUAUUUUGGUACUUGGCCGAACACUUUCUCUUUUUCACCAUUUUGAAAUUGGAAAAUGCGCAUCAAAACACCCGAGUUAUAACAGACUCUGCACUAUCAACACUAGGCCGUCGUCGGUUCCAAAGGUUCAGACAAGUCCUGAAGGCGAAUUUCAUCUCUUCUUGAAAACUCUUGUUUCGAAUAGAAAGAAUCAGUGGAUUCAGAAAAUGAGAGAACUGAUAGACGGUCAUCGUGAUGAUCUCCAAAAUCGAAUAAAAUGGUUCAUGUGCCGCAUCUCCGACAAUAGGACGCAUGAGCUGAACAGUUAUGAAAGGCCACCAACAGAUGCAGAAUGCAAUCACAAUGAAACAUAUUGUAGGUGUAGCUUUUUUGUUCCUGAUGCCAGGCUCAGAACAUACUUGCACAGCCAUUUUAUGGAUCUUCCAGUAACACCACACGAUGAUGAAGGUUCCAGGUACAAAUCCGCAAAUGACGAAAAACAUCAUGUAUGUGAAAUAAUUUAGGCCCGCUUUGCAAACCGGCGCACAUCGCCGUAUUUUCAAGCCAUUUCCUAACGAUCCUACAGUCACCCCGUAAUCCGCCCAGCCGAAGAAUGGAGGAAUUGUUAUCGCGAUCGAAUACACCCAAACAAAUAUGGCAAGCGACGCCAUCUUCUUUUUCGACCAUUUUGUCAUGUGAUGUAGCGGAGCCGCGCAUGCGUAGUAACGGUCCAAACUCACCAAUGCCAAAGCCAUGAUCGUUUGUAUUGCAAAGGUGUUGUACGCUAGAGUGAAAAGUUGGCAAUCUAGUUUGGUAAAUUGUUUCCUGUUAGAUAUGGUUGUAACAAAAUUUAGGAGUGCCAUGAUGACGUCACCGAUUCCGAGACUGACUAUGAAAAUAUAACUCGGGUUGUGAAGAGACUUUCGUUUCGCCACAGUAAAGAAUAAAAUUGCGUUUAGAAUCAGCGAAAGCAAAAAGUUGCCAAAGUUGAUAAAAUAUAAAGUUAUUUCCCACCAGUCAUACCCGGCGUUGAAAGGUAGUGAAAUGUCCGUUGUAUCGUUGUCAGUUUCGUUUAGAGAAGUAUUGAUGUUCAUUGCAAAAUCAAAAGAUGACAUUACUGCACCUUACCCUAAGUGUACUGUAUUUAACACUCUUUUUAACAUAUUAGCACUCAAUUCUACUCUCAGAGACAAGGCAUUGUCGUAGACAGACAGAGUUUUCACAAAAUUGCUAAUUUUGGAAAAAUGGCUCCUGAAUGUACAUGUAUAUGUAGUAUGACAAACGUUUUACCUCAGAUUACAGUUUUUCUUGCCGACGA